AUGACUCUGGAAAACAGCUCAAAGACUAGUCAAAAUGGAGAGAAUUGUCAGCUAAUAAGUUCUGAUCAGCAAAACUAUGGAAGCACAAACCGGCUUACUACGACUUCUUCGAAUACUUCGGCUACUUCCUCUUCACAUUUUGAAGAUCCUUAUUCAGAUGGAGGAAGCAGUGAAGAAGUCAUAGCGACAGCCAAACUAGCGAACCGCAAAAAGAAGCGUCUUCAAAAGCACCAUAGACCUUCUCGACCCAAGUUGGUCAGUAAAUUAUCACAUAUUGUUCGAAGUGCAAGACCGUCCGAAGACGAAGGAGAUACAGACGAUAUCAUACAGAUGCCAACUGAUAAUCUCAUUAUACCUGAAUUAGAUCCAAAUGCUGAUGAGGUCAGAGAGUAUGUUCCUGCAACUACAAAUAAGAAAUGUCGAGUCAACCUAAGCAAUAUCCGAGAAAAAUAUCGUGAUACGCGUAUUCGUGCUAGAAAUGGCAAUAUACCAUUGACUCCUUUUCAGCAGUUUGAAAAUAUGUUGAAGUACAAUGUCUAUGUAUCUGAAGCAAAACGCAUCUUGUUUGCCAACCGCAGUAUUAUCUUAUUUGUCUACACUGAUUUGAUUGUUGAUAUUUUGUUGUGCUUGGCUUAUCUUGUUGAAAUGAAACAAGAAGCUGACAUUCAUGCAACACCACCUUGGAUGUUUAAGUGGAGAUCAUAUGAUCUUUGGUAA